AUGGCUAUCAUCGCCAGUACAAUGUUGAAUAGAGGUGGUGAAGGAGGCCGUGGGCGGUGGCUGAACAGCCGGGGUGCAGUGACUGAACCCCACCUUGCACAGGAAAAGCGGCCCGCAGGCGUGCUGGGCAGCCCGGCUGGCAGAGGCGGCGCCCGGUUUUGGAAGCUGCAGCCGAGACGCCAAGGAGACUCCGAACGCAAGGAGCGAAGCGUGGCGGCCGGGGAGGGUGGGGCCGCCCAGAAAUCCCGGCGGCGCCAGCCGGGUAGCUUCUGCGGGCCGGGGGCGCGCACACGCGAGGCACGUGGGUGUGGAGCAACCCGCGCAGCUGGGCCUCCUUCCUGCGGCGCCGCGGCGACCGGGUGCCGGCGCUGGAGGAACCGCGGGUGGGGCGCCCGCCCCGUGCAGGCGCCCCCCGCAGCCCCAGCCCGGCACCCAGAGGACAGUCCAGGGGCGGGGACCGCACCGAGGCCCGGCGCCUGGAGGCGCUCUCCGCGCGCCUCUCUUCCCCGUUGCGGGGGUCCUCCUUCCCGCGCCGGUGCGGGAAGCCCGGCGGCUUUGUCCGGGGAUGUCUGGGAGCGCUGGCGGGGACGAAGGGGCUUCCCUGCCUGCCACACCCUGGCAUGGGGGAAAGACUGGGAUGGACAGAGCCUGGUGGGAGCGCCGAGGGGCUCGGAGAACUGCACCCGCAGCCGAGCUCCGGAGACUGGCUCCGGGGACCCGCGAGGGCCGAGCGUGACCUGGUAGACAAUGAAUCGAGAACCCGCCUGCCCUUGUCCGAGCUGCCUCCCGACAUCUCUGCCCUUCACCGUGGCGGGCGCUGUGUGGGCACCUGGACCGCCCCGGUACCUCGGUCCCCAGCUCCCUACUCCCCGAGCGGCGGGAGAAGGACCUUUACGAGUUACCUGACUCAGGUUCGAGGCCGUCCCCCUCGCUCUGCUUCCCAAGGGCAGAGUCCAUGAAAGUCCGAAGCAUCUGUGCCACUCACCUUCCCCCAUGCGGGGCGACCCCCUGCGCGCGCGCGCGUGUGUGUAUGUGUGUGUGCGCGCGCGCGCGCGCGGUAAGCAUUUAACAGCACAAAGUAAAUUCCCAGACGUGCAAGACAAAGCAUUUCAGGCAAAGAUGUUCCAGCGUUCUAGUUUAAAAAAACCACCACCACCAACAACACAGACACACACGCAUCUCGAGGCACUGAGUCAGUGCUCGCCGCCUGCCUCGGCUUCUGGAGCGUCCGCAUCCCGGUUAAGGAUUUUAACUGCAUCUCCGCCAGAUCCGCAGAUCCGCUUGGAAAUUACCUCCUCUGGCGGUGCCGCAACAAGUGGUCCCGCCGCCUACCCUGCGCUACAGCUUCCCGGUCCCCAGUCGGCCGGAUGGGGGUGAAUGCGAGGAGGAAGACUGCUGAUUUUCGAUUGUGAAAAUGCUGUCUGCGUCCUGUGCGCUGCAAUUCUCUUGUCACAAUCAACCUUUUAAUGUGGUGGUAUCAUUAACACCUGGAAAUGGAAAACUUACCCAUCUUCCUAUUAAAGAGGUGUUGAUUUUUAA